AUGGCUUCGUCGGAGAAGCGCCGGGCGAGCACCUCGCCGUCGGCCACCGCCCUCGCUCCCACCACAAACCCCGCCUCUUCGUCGCCGUACUUCCUGCCGGAGUUGAUCCCGUUGGUCGCGAGCCGGCUGACGACCCUCGAGGACUUCUUCGCCCUCCGCGCCGCCUGCCGCGCCUACCGGGAUCUCCUCCCGCCGUCGCCGGCCAACCUCGCCUCCCAGGGUCCGCUCCUUCUCUUCCCCCGCAUGGCCUCUGCAUCGGGGGCCCUCUUUCACGUCCCCCUCCGCCGCAUCCUCCGCUUCCGCCUCCCCUGCACAGACCUCCGCUCCACCGAAUUCCACUCCUUCGGCUGCCGUGUUGCCAUCCAGGACCGCCGCCGCGAGCUCCGCAUCCGGCACCUCCUCACAGGCGAGCGAGCCCGCCUGCCUGAUCCCCCGGAACCGUGCUACUCUGAAGAAGUCGUCUUUUCUGCCGACCUCGUCGUCACCUGCAGGCAAUGGGGCCGGGUCCUCUACUACUGCCACAUUGGGGACGCUCGCUGGCGAGCAGCGCCGUGCGAUGAAGGCCACCAGAUUUACAAUAUGAUGUUCGUCAAGGGCACCCUCUAUGUGCUGAUUUACCCGCAUUACCGCCUUGCUGUCGUCGAGCUUGACAAGAAUUCAGUGGUAUUGUCGUUUCUUGGAGAUAAAUUGAGUGUGCCAGAAGUUAACAUUUUUCCAGGUCCAAUGCUCUGGCUAGCAGAGUGUCGUGGUGAGUUAUUGCUCAUUGUCGAGGUGCAGUUCCUUCCAUGUGUGUACCAUGUUUUCUAUCUGCAAUCCGGGGAGGGGAAGUGGGCGAGGACUACUAGCCUUGGUGGUUGCAGCUUGUUCUUUAAUUUGGAUAAGUUUGCCGGUUGCCUUGGUCCAGAUCAUCCGGCAGUUCGGAGGGACUGCUUGUACUUCACUGGGUGCUCCGGGAAGUGGAGCGAGUAUUCUUUGGCUGAUGGGUCUUAUCAUGAAUUCGUUAUCGACCACCCAGGGCGAACUGAGGAUUAUGGAUCUCCGGUUUGGGUCCUUCCAAGCAUUUGCUGA